UUUCUUUUUUCAUAAUCAAUCAGAAAAGAACCACCUUCACAAACACAAACCGACGAUCGAAACCCUCACUCACUCUUAACAGUUUCUAUCUUCUUCUUCUGAUUCAGAAAGAGUGAGAUCGUGGAGUGGUGGAGAUGGGAUCUGGAUCAGGAGCUGGAAGCUUCCUCAAGGUCGUUGCUAACAACUUCGAUGUUCUCGCUGGGCCCGUGGUUAGCCUUGUUUAUCCUCUGUAUGCCUCAAUUAGGGCGAUUGAGACCAAGUCACCCGAAGACGAUAGGCAAUGGCUUACUUACUGGAUCCUGUAUUCUAUGAUCACCCUCUUUGAGCUUACCUUUGCCAAACUCAUUGAAUGGAUCCCUUUCUGGUCAUAUACAAAGCUGCUAGUAACCUGCUGGUUGGUCAUACCGUACUUCAGUGGUGCUGCAUAUGUUUAUGAGCAUUAUUUGAGGCCUUUCUUUCUUAACCCACAGCAGACUGUUAACGUCUGGUAUGUCCCAAGGAAGAAGGACAUCUUCAGUAAGCCAGAUGACAUUCUAACUGCUGCUGAGAAGUACAUAGAAGAACAUGGCCCGGAAGCAUUUGAGAAGCUUGUUAGCAAGGAUAGGGAAACCAAGUUCAGGAGUAGCAAUUACACGUAUUUUGAUGAGGACCACAGCUAUUGAGCUUUGUUUGGCUGAGGGAAACACCUUUUUUCUGCUGCUGUUAGGAGUAUCUUUCGGGUGGAGACCUUGUUUUGCUGUAUGUUGUCUACUUGGUCUUUUAGUUUUGCAAAUUUCUGUGUCCUUUGUGAUUCCAUGUAAUUAUUGUUGCUUGUUGGUUCUGCCCAGUACAUAGCACUUUGUUGAAAGGGUUUAAAGGUGUUGAUUAUCUAUCUUUUUCUUGUCUUUGCAUCCUAACUAGGAGAACCAUUAGAUUCAGAUUGUAUUAUGGUUUCAAUCAUCUAUUUUUAGGUACUUAGUUUCAAUCA